AUGGACAUCACUUGUUAUGGCUGUUUCCUUGAACUACACCACCCACAUCGAUACGAUGAGUUGUGCCGGGAAGAGAAAGAAACAUUAAAAAUUCAUGGGAAGGUGCUGGGGAAGAUGUUGAAGAAGGUGGUGACGGCGUUUUCAAAGAGGAUGAGAAUGUGCAGGGGUGGAGCGAAGAAGAAGGAAAGGAGAAUGCAGUUCGAGUAUGAUCCCAAGAGUUAUGCGUUUAAUUUUGAUGAUGGAAUAGAGGAACCGUCUCGGUGA